UUCACUUUUAUUCAAUGCUGAUUGUGUAAACGCAUUUUUUAUAAAUUGCAAUUUACAAUUUCUUGAAUUUCAUUGAAAGUAUUUCACAAUUAACCACUUUAGGGAGUUUUUUUUUUCCAAUAUGUACACGGUGUUCCGUCGAAGUGGACUAAUAAAUAGUGUGAAACAAAGUCAAUACAUCAGUAAUCGAAAUGCCGGUUAUAUUGUCUUAGUUCCUGAGAUCGGAGAAGAUACACAUGCUGCUGAAGGUGUAUUGAAACCAGAUGGAUUGCCAGCAUUUAAUGAUUUAACUAUUGAAAAUUGCUUGGGAGCUAUAGGACAACAGGCAGGUUUGGUGGAGAAAACUGUGAAAAACUUUGAAAAUGAUAUUCAGGAAAAUAAAGUAAAUGUCAGCAAUCUAAGAGGCAUCUUCGAAGAAUUGGAUAAAGUGGCUGGACCUCUGGACACCACGUGGGGCAUAGCUAAAGCACUUUAUCUAGGUAAUAGUACUCUGAUACCUACCAAGUCCUACAUGAAUAUCCAUGAACGUGCACGUAUUGCACGCGCUUCCAAAUACAAUAGUAAAGUAUUAUAUGAUGCACUUUCCCAACAAGAAGGCAAUGUGCAAGGUGUUGAGGCUCGAUUGUUACAACGUUUUUUAUUGGAAGGAAAAUUAAAUGGACUCACUCACACAGAGGAUAAAAGGGAGACCCUCAGAGAUAUUCUUGUACAAUUAGGCAAAGAACGUGCCAGCUUUAAAAAUAAAGUUAACAUGGCUGUACAUACGUUUGGACAUACCAUUAAGGACUACAACCUCGUUCGUGAUUUCCCCGUGACGCUAUUGGAAGCUAUAUCUAAGGAUUCAACCUCAUUAACAGAAGGCCCCUGGAAAAUAACUUUACAACCACAAAUUGUGGAAGGAUUUUUAAAAUACUGCCCAGACCGUAUGCAGCGUUGGAACGUGUGGCAAGCGAAUGUGCGUAAAGCGUCUGGUCAACAAGAGCGGAGUCUUGAGAAUAGUACGCAUUUGCAGGGUAUACGAGCUCUUAGGAAACGACAGGCAAACUUAUUAGGUUAUCCAAAUUACGCAGCGAUGUCGAUGCAGACAAAGAUGAUUAAAAGUGUAGACAAUUUAAAACAGGUAUUCGCAAAUCUUGUAAAGUUUGCUGGACCUGCUCAGUCAACAGAAAUUGAGCAGUUGCAAAACUUUGCAAUUGAAAGCGGAUUUCAGACCAAAUUGGAUGUAUAUGAUGUCCCCUACUGGCAACGCAAACAUCUAAUAGCUAACCAUAAGCUGAAUGAGGAACAGUUACGAGAAUAUUUCCCAUUACCAAAUGUAUUCAGCGAACUUUUUAAAUUAAGUGAGAAUUUAUUCAAUAUUCGUAUUGUGGAACGCCAAAAUGUUGAGGUUUGGCAGCCGGCUGUAAAGUACUACGAUGUAUACGAUAAUAGCGCCGGUGGUGGUGUAUCGCCGAUCGCUGGCUUUUACAUAGACUGCUACUCUAAAGAGAAUAAGUUCGGUAAAAAUAAUGGCUGGAUGGUGAGCAUACGAAAUCGAAACCCCUCAGCUGAGCUGACGCCUUUAUGUGCAUUAAUCUUUAACUUUACGGAACCUUUACAAGGCACACCAUAUUUACUGAAUUUUGACGAUUUAAAUAUGGUUUUCAAAACCUUCGGUUCAGCUUUACAACACCUUCUUACGAAAGCGCCAUACACAGACCUUGCCGGACUUUCAAACAUCGAAUGGGAUGCUUCGCAAGUGGCGGGAAAUGUGAUGUGCAAUUUUCUCGAUAACCCAACCAUAUUAAAGGAAAUUUCCAAACACUACACAAGUAAUGAGGCUUUAUCGGAUGACAUUUUACAAAAAACACAUUUGUUAAAAACUAGCCUAGCUGGAUACAAUUUGUGUCAAGAGCUUUACAUGGCAGAUUUGGAUAUUGAAUUACAUCAAUCUGAUGCAUUUUGGUUGGAUGUAGUUAAAAAGCUGUGGCCUGUCUAUCAGUGCAUGCCUCUAGACAAAAAAGACGCGCACCCUUGUUCUUUGACGGAAAUAUUCUCUGGCGACUGGGGCGCUGCACAAUUCAGUCACCUCUAUUCGAAAGUGAUAGCUGCUGACAUUAGUUCCGAAUUUGCAGACAAAUCACCAGCUGAAAUGACGACUACGGGCCAACGUUUUAAGGAGACUUUCCUAGCUCUAGGUGGUUCCGUGCCUACAGCAGAAGUAUUUCGCCGUUUUCGCGGUCGUGAUCCUUCAGUGGAAGCGCUCCUCAAGUCCUUAAACAUACUGAAUAAAACACAAACUACUGGCGAUUUGUAGGUGACACUAUGUACAGCACAAGUAGUGUGACACAAUCACUUCUGCUUUACGUCUUUAUGUAUUAUAUAUCUUAUUUUUCAAUUGUCUGCGCAAUAGGAUUGUUGUUAAUUUUUAUUAAUAAUCACACAUAUGAACAUAAAAUGCCAAUUCAUAGCAAGAUAAUAUGUUGAAUAGAAAAAAGUAAGAGGUGAAAAAUGUUCUGCACCAAAACAGCUGAAUAGCUUUAGAAAACAUUUGUUCCACUUUCCUCUUUCAUAUAAAGUAAUAAUGUUUAAAAGAAAUGAUGGUAAAAUUAUGUUUGUGUUCACUGUGAUGAAAAAACAUACGAAUAAAAACGAAACAAAACUCGAGGAAACA